AUGUGUGAGGUCAAUAAUCGGGUGAUUGUGAGAGGAGCAGAUCUGGUAUACCAGGGCCAGUCUCCAGACGAGGGUGCUCUGGUGACAGCGGCGCGUAACUUUGGCUUCGUGUUCCGCUCGCGCACCCCAGAAAGCGUGUGUGUGGUGGAGAUGGGAGUCCCGCGCACCUACGAGCUCCUCGCCAUCCUCGACUUCAACAACGUCCGCAAGAGAAUGUCUGUCAUCGUGCGUAGUCCUGAGGGAAAGCUCGCUCUCUACUGUAAGGGAGCAGACACCAUCAUCUACGAGAGGCUGCACGAGUCUUGCAGCAAACUGAUGGAAGUCACCACAGAGCACCUCAAUGAGUUUGCUGGUGAGGGUUUGUGCACUCUUGUUCUGGCCUAUAAGGAUCUGGAUGAGGAGUAUUUCUCUGAGUGGAAACAGCGCUACCAUCAGGCCAGCACAGCACUGGAGGGUCGUGAGGACAAACUCAAUCAGCUCUAUGAGGAGAUAGAGAAAGACCUGCUGACAGCCGAGAACAUUGGAUACUCCUGCAACCUGCUGCGAGAGGAGAUGGAUGACAUUUUUAUUGUCGCUGCAGACUCCCCUGAGGAGGUCGGGCAAGAGCUGAGAGAUGCUAGCAUGAAGAUGCGUCUGGAUUCAGGAGAGGAUGCGUUCUUUAUCCCAGAGAGCAUUCUGGGUAAUAACCCUAAAGUGGUACAGGAUGAGAAUGUGAAUGGGGAAUAUGGCCUGGUCAUCAAUGGUCACAGCCUGGCAUAUGCUCUAGAGGGCAGCAUGGAGCUGGAGUUCUUGCGGACAGCGUGUAUGUGUAAGACGGUGAUCUGCUGUCGAGUGACGCCAAUGCAGAAGGCUCAGGUGGUAGAGCUGGUCAAGAAAUACAAACAAGCCGUCACUCUCGCUAUAGGAGACGGGGCUAAUGACGUCAGCAUGAUUAAAGCUGCCCAUAUUGGAGUGGGCAUCAGUGGUCAGGAGGGCAUGCAAGCUGUGCUGUCCAGUGAUUUCUCCUUCGCUCAGUUCCGGUACCUGCAGCGCCUCCUGCUGGUGCACGGUCGCUGGUCUUACCUGCGCAUGUGCAAGUUCCUGAGUUACUUCUUCUACAAGAACUUCACCUUCACCUUCAUGCACUUCUGGUUUGCCUUCUUCUGCGGCUUCUCCGCCCAGACAGUGUAUGAUGAGACCUUCAUAGCGCUCUAUAACCUGAUGUACACAGCACUCCCAGUGCUGGGCAUGGGUCUGUUUGACCAGGAUGUGAGUGACGGCUGGAGUCUGGAGUACCCUCAGCUCUACGAGCCGGGCCAGCGGAGUCUAUACUUCAGUAAGGGCGCCUUCAUUAAGUGUGCCCUGCACAGCUGCUACAGCUCCCUGGUGCUGUUCUUCGUGCCCUACGCCGCCGUGCGAGACAGCGUGAGCACGGACGGCCACGACAUGGCUGACCACCAGUCCUUUGCUCUGCUCACGCAGACGUGCCUCACCGUCACCGUGUGCGUCCAGGUGAGGAGAUUGCCUUGGAAGGCUUCACUGCGCUUCCUGAAGUGGGUAUGUGUGUGUGUGUGUGUGUGUGUGUGUGUGUGUGUGUGUGUGGGUGGUAUAGGUACAGCUCGUAACUCUCUGGACCAGGUCACUGUGUGGCUGACGGUCCUGCUCACAGCGGUACUGUGUGUGCUGCCAGUGGUGGUUCACCGCUUCCUGUUCAUGCAGCUCAACCCCACCAUCAAUGACAAGGUGAGGUUGAAGGUGCACCAGAUGAAGGCCCAGCCUCCUCCCCCUCGCCGCCGUGCCAGGAUCCGCCGCUCCAGCACUCGCCGCUCCGGCUAUGCCUUCUCUCACGCCUACGGUUAUGGUGACCUAGUCACCUCCAAGCGGUUCCUACGGCGACCGGUUCCAUCGCGCUCUGCGGGAUCUACUCCCGCAGGCCGCUCGGCCGCUUUCAGGCCCGCGGGCCACUCGGCCGGGUACAGCCCGAGCGGGCAGGAGCAGAACCCCAAACAGGCAACAGAACCCACGGAACUGCAGCGGUACCGAGCCGUCCACGACGCCACCUUCUGUAGACGGGGUGUAGCUCCUGAAUGAGUGCUGGACAUAAGCAGCCUGAGAACCAAAUUAUAGCAAAAUACGAGGAUGCUGUUUAUAUGAAAAUGGUAUUUGUAUGAGAAUGGCGUUUCUGUGAGAACAGUGUUUAUAUGUUUACAGUGCCGCUGUUGGUCAUGAACAGCCUGCAAACACGUGUGCACACUAAGAAUGAUAAAGAAACCAACAUAUUUCAUAAAUAUAUCAAAGUUUGGUGACACACACAAACACAUUAUUCAGAUAAGGAAGACCUAACAUAAGGAAGACCGUGGUGCUUUCCUUUUGCCUUGGAGGUCACUCUGUACUGCAGUGGUGCAGUUGGAAUGAGAAGGUGCCGUUGAUGUCACAGAGCAAUGAUGUCGCAGAGGGCACAUUCCUCUGCAAUAGUCUGGGUCAGAUUCAUGAGAAAAUGUCAUUUCAGGGAGAAAACCGAGAAAAGCACUGUUUACCCAUCCUGAGAACCCCACUCUGCCACACCGUUUCUGCCUCCUGUGCUAACAUGCUUGAUUCAGCUCAUCGGCGCAAUGCUGAUUU